CGAUUGUGGCCGAAAUUUGCCGAACACUUCUCAACCAACCAGAGAAAACUGAUGGGGCCUGGACCGACAGUCAACCUUCGAUGAAACGGCGUUUCUUGUAUUAAAAACACUUAUUUGGAUCGAUUAGAGGAACGUAAACAUGCCGUCCCUUUUGUUCUGCGGACCUAAGAUGGCAGCAUGUGGAAUAGUGAUCAGCAUUUGGGGAGUGAUCAUGCUGGGAAUGCUGGGUAUUUUCUUCAGUGCCAAGUCAGCUGUACUGAUCGAAGAUGUUCCCUUUACUGAAGAGGACAUUCGGAAUGAUAAGUUCCCUCCCCAGGCCAUCUACAGCCUGUACAACCAGGUGGGCAUCAACUGCUUCAUCGCGGCGGCUGUCUACGUGGCCGUGGGCGCCGUCUCGCUGUGCCAGGUCCGCCUCAACAAGAGGCAGGAGUACAUGGUCACCUAGGUUACCGUUCCACCAACCGGGCCGCACGAGGCCACGCCUCCUCCAUCGGAACACGGAUGUACAGCGGGGAGAAAAGGAUCAAAACAUGUUAUCAAGAAAUUCCAUUUUAUGUCCGUCCGUCUAUAUCGUGAUGCCACACGGGCAUCUUUUGUUGCCUAGUUGACAACUUAAGGCUGGGAAAUAGUUUGGUGUCUAUUGAAAGUAUUUUGGGAAAUCGUACAUGGUUACAAUGAUUAUACACUUGGAUAUAUUGUAGUUAUAUUUGUUUUGUUGUGUCUUCUCUAAGGCAAGCUGGCUGCCUUUUUACCCUCUCGUAUUUAUUUGUACCACCUGGUCGGUGGUUGUUGUGAUGUAGAAGGGCCUCUAUCAUUCCUCUGUUGGGCUUGUUGCUACACUGUCUCUUGUUGACCUUUUUCAAAGCAUGCAUUAUUUUAUUUAUUUGUUUUAAAAAGGAGCCACCUCAUUUGCUGUGUGAAUGUUGCAGUAAUUGGAGGGAUGGGAAUACUUGAAAUGUAGUCGAGUCACUCUGGUUUUAUCUUGUCUUGGAGCUAACCUACUAAAAUGUUUGGUCGCUGGUGUUCAGUGUUGUGUGUGUGUGUGCGUGUGUAGAAUCAAGGCAUGCAUGUUGGUCUUCUCCAAUUCUGAGUUCUCCGGAUGUUUUGACUAGAUAACCUGUUUUUACCCUGAAUAUCCCUUGGAGCAGUUCUCUUCAAUAGUAUAAUGGUUUUUGAUGUAAGGAAAUUUGUCUGCAAUAAAGUGGGUGUAAAUAUAUAUAAAUGUAUGCCUUAUGUGUUACAGAAUUUGGGUUAUCAUUUACAUGUAUUCUAUACUCGUUGGGUUAGUUUAUUUCACUAGAAUAAUUCAUCUUUCUGGAACCAAUUUAAAAUAUAAAAUAAAUCAUGAGGAUCAUCUACCGCGUUAACGCAAGAGGUAGACGCGAUUUCAAAGGGACUUAUAGUCCGACCAUAACGUGUUUACGGCGCCCCUUUGUGGACAAACAGCAUAGGCCCUACCCCAGAUAAUUUUCAGCAUUUAUUAUGAAAAAGUUGAAUAUUGAUAACCGUUUUUCUUGGACAAUAAAAUAGAUCCUAUCAGAGACCUACGAAAUCACAUUACGCAUGAGGGCUACGAAGUGUAUCGGACAUAUAUAUAUAUGAUCUAUUGUAGCCCCCCCCAUUACCGAAAUAAAGUUUUAACGUUACAGAUCCAUGGUGCAGUUAGGCCUAGAUACACCAUCUAUAUUCCUAAAAUAUCUUCAGCCUUAACUACUGACUUAAUGCUCCCAAAUGAAUAUCUGAUUAACCCCACUUCCUCUGGAAAACCUAUAUUCAUGUACUAUUAUUAGCAUUGGUUCCAUGGUAUUUUUCCAUUUUCCAUUGGAUAUUCGUCACAUGACCUUGUGUAUCACCGUGUUGUCAAAGCAUUUUUAAAGGCUCAGUUCCAUGUAUUGGUCAUGGAUGUACUAGAACAGACGUUUCAUCAUUAAUAAUCAAUAGUAGUCUAUCGUGUUACCCUGGUGAUAAUUAUUUAUAGUAUAUAGUCGUAGUUACAAGAGUAAUACUGUACUUUCAUUCUCAAAAGUCUCACCUUCACCCAUCAUUGUAGUCACACAAUUCACCACGGUGUAGGUUAG